AUGUGGUAUCUCCAUCUCUUGACAAAGAGAUUUAGAGGCCUGCGUUCGGGACAGGAGGAGCAGUCACAGCUUAUCGGUCUUGCUACCGAUCUUAGCAUGCUCCGCAUGUUUGAGACGUUCCUGGAGAGCAUUCCUCAACUCAUUCUGCAGGCUUAUAUCAUACUGGAGCACAACCAUCGCUCUAAUCUGCAAUACAUCAGCAUGGCCCUGUCUUUUCUCACCAUAGCCUGGGCCACGGUAGACUAUCGUCGCUGUUUACGGCAAUCUCUAACUCACCUUAACAACAUGCCUUCUGGAAUCCCAACAGUCGUAUAUCUGUCCUACAAAAUCUUUACCAUAACCCCUCGAAUCCUCAGCCUCACGCUCUUCAUCAUGCUCUCCACCUUCAGUAUUGUAACAAUGGCCUGCAUAUGGCUGUUGGGAACCAUCUGGGCAUUCUUGGAGGAGACCAGCUUCUGCACUUCACGAGCCCUUGAACAUCUUUAUCGAGCCGUUGUUGGAGUUAUUCUCAUGUUCACCUUCUUUAACAUUAAAGGAGAGAACACCAGAGUUCACAUGACAAUGUAUUACUUUUUAAAUGUGUGUCACAACCUUGCUGCACCCGUUUUGUUGUUUCUGCUCAAACCGGAAUCUGAGCGGACUGACUACUUCCUGCCAAUUAUAUUUUUUAUAUUAGUGUCAAAUUUAAUGGGCCUGGGUUUUCUGGGACUCUAUUACAGCCUCCUGCACCCUCGUGGACCUGGCAGAGAGGAAAUGGAAUGUUGA